UUAAUUGUGCUUUUUUAUUUAAGUUAGAAACUGCAAUACAAAUAUAUAUAAAAUUAAUUAGUUGAAAUGGAUUACUUCAUAGAUAAGUAUGAAUAGCUUGAAUAAACAAAUAGAUUAUUAGAGAAUAUUGAAGCAAAGUUAAACUCUAUGAAUGUGCCAUAGCUUGAUAAUGGAUAAAUUUUUCAGAACACAAAUUAGCAUUUAUAGAAGGAAUAUCAUCCAAUUAUUGAUAAUUAUCUGCUCUCAACAAAUGCAAUUUAGGAAAAUACUUAAGAUAAAAGUAGGUUAAAAGAAUUUCCAACAAUAUAAAUGAGCACAUAAGUUCUCUAAGAUGAUUUACUAAUUAGUGGGUAUGAUCAAUUUAAGAGCGGAUAAAAUCAGUACAAUUCUGCUUUAAGUUUUGCUUAAACAAACAGUAAAGUAGGAAAUUCUAAUGGCGGAAUUACUUAAUGGUAAAUUCAAGAGGGCAAUAAUGUAUCUAAGACUGUAGUAAAUACAUAUUAAAGUACUGAAAAAAUCAAUAAUCUUCUUUUAGGAGAAAGUGAGAGUUAGGUCAUAGACAGUGACCCAAAAAGAAUGAAUUUUAAUUCAAACUAAAAAAAGCAAUAAUAAUUAUAACAAUAGUAGCAGCAAGAAUCUUCUUAGUCUUCCUCUAGGACAGGAGAUAUCUCAAUUAAAACAUAGAAUUCUAACACUUUAAGAACAAACAGAUCAAAAUCUCUAAAUAAAUCACAAGCAAAUGAUUCUUAAUUCGAGGAAUAAGCUCAAAUAAGUAGCAGCAGCAAGAUUGAUAAAAAUAAUAUAUAAAAUAUUUCAAGUAAAAGCAGCUCAAGAAAUAAGCAUGUUGAAUAAAAAAAUAAAAUUAAAAAAAUGUAUAUAGGAAGUGGGUAAAAAGAGUAAUUGAUAAAAAUCGAAGAGAACAAUUUAGACGAAGAUGAAUUAGAUGAAGAGAACUCUAAUUCCAGUCCAUUUAUAAGAUAAAAGAAUGGCAAUUAAAUGGCUACAACAUAAAAUUAUUCACCAAUAUCUUUAGAAUAUACAAAAUCUCUGAAUAAUACUUAAAAUAUCUAGCAAAAUAACAAUAUGCUUUUUUCUAUGAAUAGAGGAGAUAACAAUUUCUUGAAAAACAAUUCACAAUUAGAAGACGAAUUAAAUACUCUUAGGAAUAGGUUAUAUUUAAUUAAUGAUUCAUAUACAAAACUAGCAUAAUAGUAGUCUUUAAGUGAUUAUGAAGUAUAAAAUUCUUAAAGAAAAAUAUACAGUCUCGCUCAAUAAAUGAAAGAUCUUGCUGAGUCUCUUCAAGGCAUGAAUUAACUUUAGCUCACAUAGACUGCAUAAUUAAACAGUGGGUAUAGGUUCGAAAACGAAAAUAACUAAGCUUCUUCUGGUAAAAAAGGAAAUAAACUAAGUGCAGAUAAAUAUGAAGACAUAAUUAUUGAUGACAAAGUUUUUCUACUUGAAAAAGAAAACAGAAGGCUAAAAAAAGAAAAUUAGAUGCUGAAAGAAGAAAUUGAAGACUAUAAAGAGAAGAUAAAUAGACUAUUUCAUGAGCAUUAGAAUACAAGAUAAUCCUUGGAAAAGCACAUUGAAUUAAAGUACGAAACCUAAAUUCUAAAUAUUAAGGAAGCCUAAAAAAUUAUUAUAAAUGAGAAAGAAAGUAAAAUACAAAUUUUGCAAAAAUAGUUGGAAGAUUUAAAAAAUGAAAAAGAAUCUAUGAAAAAAGAGUUGUUUAGCUUUAGAUAAUCAAUAAUGUCUUAAAGAAUUAACACUAGCUCACUUAAUAACCAUCAUAAUUCUUUUGAAAACAAAUAGUUUGAAUAACCUUUUUUAGCCAAUAAUUAUUUUAAAACUAAAAGUUACUAGGAAAACAAAGACUCUCAAAAUUAAAAUAAUUAAAGCAUGUUAGAAAACAGCGUACUUUCUUAAAAUUAUGCAGCUUCAAACAGCUACUUAGAUUAAAAAAGAUAGAAUAUUAAUAAUAAUUUAAGCAAUAAAGAUACAUUAAAAUUUGAUGAUAAAAAAUAAAUAACACAAAAACCGAUAUCCAUAUAAGACUAUGUCAGAACAGAUAUUGACUCAAAUCUUCUUAAAAAUAAUAAAAAAUCUGUUGAUAGCCACCAAUAAAAUUAAAAAAAGAGAAUAUAGUCAACUGAGUAUUUAAAAACAGAAAGAAAUACCUCAAAAGAGAAAUAAAUUCACAAUCAAAAACCUCCAAAGCUAAAAAAGAAUGUCUUAACUGUCGAAACAAGCAAUGGCAAUAAUACUAAAAAAAGUAGAAGUAAAAGUCCUAUCAAUUAUAACGAAUAAAUUUAGUACUUAAUUAAAUAAAAUGAAAAUCUCAACAAACUAAAAGCCUAGCUGAGAACGGAAAGCAGCUUAUCUAAUUCUAGAAAAGAAACUCACACAUCAUUACUAUCUAAUAAUAACAUAUAAAACAAAAAGUAAAAAAAAAUUUCACCCAAAAGAUCUAAAUCUUCUGUGGGUCAUAGAGCAUCUAUAAAAAUGUGA